AUGAACAAGUUAGUUGUAUAACAAGUUAAGAGUAUUUUCAAUAGUCUUCCUAAUAAAGAUUUGGAUAAACUGCUAAAUUUGUUGCUUGCUGCAGGAAUUACAAAAAAUUAAAAAUAAGUUGGUUAUAAAUGUGUUGAAUGUAGUAUUAUGUAAGAAUAAUCAAAUAAAUAAAAAGGUUCAAAGGCAUAAACGCCAGCGGUUUUGGGAGAGACGAAGCUGAAGCUAUUCAUAUUUGUUUAAAGAAUUUUAUUGAUCAGAUGUUAGAGGAAGAAGGACAUCUAUCAUUCAUAAGAAAUAUUUUAAGAGAUCUCAAACAAUUAGAUUUUUAGGAAUAAGAUAUCGAUUAAUUGUAACAGAAAAUAGGCAAUAUUUCAAUUAUCCAAAAUAACCAAAAUUAUUAGACAGUAGAUAGUUUAUUGAAUGGAGAAAAUGAAUAAAUUUUAGGAUAAAUUGUUGAUAACAAACCUAAAAAGUUUGAAACCUUAUCGGACAACAAUAAUAAAGAGAACAUUUAAAAUUAAUAUUUGAAAUGUUGUACUCAUGAAUAAGAAUUGAAGAAGGAAAAAAUGAGGGUCGAACAUUUGGAAUUAAGAAUAAAAUUAAUUUUAGAAGAAAAUAGAAUUUUGAAAUCACUUCUUAAUGAAAAGAAAGAAAGUGCAAGACAAGAAAGCAAUAGAGAAGGUGACACCAAAAGGAUUCGGUAAUAAGCUAGAUCCAGCAGUGUAAAAAUGAGUAAAAUUUAGUAAGUAAAUGGAGUGCCCAAAUUAAAUUUAGAUGCACUUCCGACCUAUAUUGGCAAAUAGAAAACAUUAUUUUGA